AUGGGGAGCGAAUCUAUCGUUUUGCCAGCCUUAGAAGUUCGAAAUGUUGACAAACUUAUAAUUUAUAGCGGAAACUUGAUGAAACAAGCGAACAUCAAUUCUAUUAUAGCAUCAGACAAAAUAAAGGAUCAUGAACUGAUAAGCUCGCUUGAGGAAGUUCUGUCUGCAAAUCCAUCACAAGUAUAUGACCACACUCAUGGUGUGAUAGAAAUAUCUGGUUCGUCUAAACAUACACAUAAACCUUCUGACGAAAGAGACGACCAUGAAAUUACAG